UCCAGCUGCACUCCAGGGUUCCACACAGGACACAGGUCCAGACUGACAGACGGCAGCAAACCUCCAGCCUCUGCCGCUGCCGGAGACAGCGCCUCUCAGACCACAUGGCCACUGCUGGAAAAGUUAUCCGAUGCAGAGCUGCCGUUGCCUGGGCAGUGGGCAAAUCGCUCUCUGUUGAGGAGAUAGAGGUUGCACCUCCAAAGGCACAUGAAGUGCGUGUCAAGAUCGUGGCCACAGGGAUCUGUCGCACAGAUGACCAUGUUGUUGAAGGUACCUUUCCUGAUGUAGAAUUCCCAGUCAUCCCAGGCCAUGAAGGAGCUGGGAUUGUGGAGAGCACUGGAGAAGGGGUGACCUCUGUGAAACCAGGAGACAAAGUCAUCCUCUUUGGACUUCCUCAGUGUGGAGAAUGCAGCUUCUGCUUGAAUCCUGACUCCAACUACUGUCUGAAAUCACACCUCAGCGAACCACAAAACCUGCUGCCUGACAAGACCAGCAGGUUCACUUGCAAAGGGAAACAGAUCCACCACUUCCUCUGGAUCAGUACCUUUGCAGAAUACACUGUUGUGCCUGAGUACACCCUGGCCAAGAUUGAUGCUGCUGCACCGCUGGACAAAGUCUGCUUGCUUGCAUGUGGUUUUUCCACAGGCUAUGGGGCUGCCAUCAACACCGCCAAGGUAAAACCGGGCUCCACCUGUGCCGUCUUUGGCCUUGGAGGAGUUGGCCUCUCUGUUGUCAUGGGCUGCAAGGCAGCUGGAGCUUCCCGCAUCAUCGCCAUCGAUAUCAACAAGGACAAGUUUGCCAAGGCCAAAGAGGCGGGAGCCACCGAGUGCAUCAAUCCUCGGGACUUCAAGAAGCCUGUCCAGCAGGUGCUCACCGAGAUGACCGGUCACGGUGUGGACUAUUCCUUUGAGGUCAUAGGGACCGCAGAUACCCUGAUUGCUGCCCUGGCCUCUUGCAAUAUGAACACCGGUGUCUGCGUGUUGGUUGGGGUACCACCUGCAGGUUCAACAGUUCCCAUUGAUCCUUUCCUUCUACUCAGUGGGCGCACCUGUAAAGGGACUCUGCUUGGAGGAUGGAGAAUGAGAGACGCUAUCCCCAGAUUAGUUGCCAGCUAUUUGGAGAAGAAAUUUAACUCUGACUUGCUGAUCACACACACACUGCCGUUUGCUAAAAUCAACGAGGGAUUUGAAUUGCUACGUGCAGGCAAAAGCAUUCGCACAGUGCUGCUCUUCUGAAGGAUGUGAACGAGGCAGCAUGAGCGCAGCACCCAGCCCAGCAGAUGCCCUCCUGUGCCAGCCCUUCUCUCCCCCAUCUCCCUUCACGGAGUGUAAUCAGAGAAGCACAAGGAACUUCUCGGCUGCGCUGCUGCUGCCAGUGCUCCUGCGCCCAUCCUCUCCUGAGAAAACAUUCACAUAAAUAAAGGCUGUCUUACAAAGUCUUUGCGCAUGCACUUCCGCCUCGGCCACCAUCUCAGCUGGCUGAGUGCUGUGACUCAGACCAAGGGACAGAGCGCCCACCACUGCUGCCAGUCUUUUCAUCUCUCAGGAUCACCGUGUGCUUCAUUCCACAAGGUCAAAGUACAGAGGGACGAUAACUUCCUUUUUCCUGCUGCAGGAUCAGCUCCUUUUAAUGCAUCCCAUGAUAGCAUAGACCUUCCUGAACACAAGAGCACACUGCUGGCUCACAGUCAACUUUAUGGCCACUAGAACAACUAUGUCCUUUUCUGCUGACCUCCUUUCCAGCACAUCAGUCCCUAACCUCUACUAAUGCAUGCUGUUAUGCCUCCCCACAUGUACGACUCUAUACAUUUGCCCUUGCUGAAUCUCUUUAGGUUCCUCUCCGCCCAACUCUCCAGCCUGUCCAGGUCUCCCGGAAUUGCAGCACACGCUUUUAGUGUGUCUGCCACUCCUCCCAGUUUUGUAACAUUAGCAAACUUGCUGAGGGUACAUUCUAUCCCUCCAUCCAGGUCACUGAUGAAGUUGUUGAACAAAACCAGGCCCAGUAGCAAUCCCUCGGGAACAGCUCUAUCUGUAGGCCUCCAACUAGAUGCUGUGCCACUGAUCACAGCUCUCUGAGAGCUCUGCCAGUCAGCCAGUUCAUCAAAUGGUGCAAUUCCAUUCAGCAUUUCACAAAUGUUCAGUCAAGUGCUGGCCUUAAUGAGUGACUACACUAUGUGCAAACUUAUACCACACAUUUGACCACCGGUUGUGUCUUUUUUAUAUCUGCACAGUUUGUAAGAUUUGCAGAGGAAAAGUCACUGCAAAGUCUUCUUUUUAUUCAAAAUAAACAUCGCAUAAGCAUUUUUUAAGUGCAGCAAAAUUGCAUUUAUACAACUUCACAGAUCUUAUUUGCAUAAUCUAAACGCUACUAUUGUGGGUGAGAGGAGGGGAUUCUGUCUCACUGUAACAGUGGAACAAGUCCAAUACUUCAUCAUGAAACUCAAUGUACGUAAGUCCAUGGGGCUGGAUGACAUCCAUCCUAGGGUUCUGAGAGAGAUGGCUGAUGUGG